GUCUUGUGGGUCCGGGAGUUGGAGUAGGCAGGGGCGACGCGCAGAGGGACCGCGACCGGCAGCGGGGAGCAGCCACCGCCGCCAUGGCCUUGUCCGAGAGUCAGUUGAAGAAAAUGCUUGUUAAGUACAAGUACAGAGACCUGGCUGUUCAGGAAACUGUCAAUGUUAUUGGCCAGUACAAAGAUCUCAAACCUGUUAUGGAUAGCUAUGUUUUUAAUGAUGGUUCAUCAAGAGAAUUGAUGAGCCUCACUGGAACCAUUCCAGUAAGUUACAGAGGCAAUACUUACAAUAUCCCAAUAUGCCUAUGGCUACUGGAUACAUAUCCAUUCAAUCCUCCAAUCUGUUUCGUUAAACCAACUAGUUCGAUGACAAUUAAAACUGGGAAGCAUGUUGAUGCAAAUGGCAGGAUAUAUCUUCCAUAUCUACAUGAAUGGAAACAUCCACAGUCAGAAUUGAUAGGACUGAUUCAAGUUAUGAUUGUGGUGUUUGGAGAGGAACCUCCAGUCUUUUCUCGACCUACCAUUUCAGCUUCCUAUCCCCCUUACCAAGCAACAGGGCCACCAAACACUUCCUAUAUGCCAGGAAUGCCAAGUGGAAUCUCUCCUUUUCCUCCUGGACCACCUCCUAACCCAAGUGGUUAUUCCAGCUAUCCUUAUUCUGCACCUAGCGGGCCAUUUCCAGCAACAACCAGCACACAACACUAUCCUUCUCAGCCUCCUGUAACUACUGUGGCAGAUGGCAGAAGAAAGCAGAAACAGGUAUGGAUUUGUGGUCAUUCUUAUGUUUUCUGGGCAGAAAAACGGGCACUUGAAAGAAGCUUUGGUCCACAAUUGGGAAUUCGACUGGAGGAUGCCAAAUUACAUUGGCUAGGAAAGAGUGGAAUGAUGUGGGAUCAGUUAAUACCCACCCUGUUGCAUACACGACGGAGGCUAAUGGAUCCUGAUAUAUUGGUGGUCCAUCUAGGAGGCAAUGACCUGGGGACAGCCAGAAAUAUGGAUAUCAUAAACCGAAUGAAGAAAGAUUUAGGACAUCUUAAGCAAAUAUUCAAGAAUAGCACUCCAGUCUGGUCUAAUAUUGUACCCCGGAAAGUAUGGAAUCAAGAGGUACCCCAUAAAGUGAUGGAGAAAAGCAGGAGAAGAAUCAAUCAGGAAAUUGGCUAUUUUAUGCAGUAUAUUGGAGGGGCUGUGAUCAAACAUGAUUUACUUGUACCAGAAUCUCCUGGAUUGUUCCAUCUAGAUGGUGUACUCUUAUCUCAGAGUGGUACAGAUAUCUUCAACCUGGAUUUACAAAGUGCUUUGGAAACUUUGAUUUGAUUUUUGAUUGGAAGAAAAAUGAUACCCCUUUAUGUAUUAACAACUGUGGACACUUUUUACAAAUAGAGAAAGUUGUGGACGGUAUGGCAACACGAAUUUAUAGACAACAGACUUAGCCUAUGAUGUUAGUUGGGUACUGCUUACUAAUGCAGUUAUCUGUGGCAUUGCCCUAUAAACUGCAAUGAUUUUUUUGUUAAUAUGUCUAACUAUUUUUGAAAAUUCGGCUUAUUGUUUUUGCAUUUACUUUAAUUCAUUUCUCAUGUUUGUUGAGAGAGAUUGCCAAACAAAUCGAUUCCCUACAUCCAAAUGUGCUCACUGAAUAUGGUAUGAUUAUAUCCAUCUACAGUGUAAGUAACAGUUUAUAAAGCUAUUUCAUGUGAGUAGGAUGGGACUAAUCAUUAAGUGUCAUCACUAUUGGGGUAGUAUUCAAUAGUAUCACUCCACUGGCAGAUGCUGUUUUGCCAGUUGAAUGAAUUCAUAAUCCCCACCACCACUUCUAUAUGCCUUCAGAUCUCCUCUAGAAGUUUGGUGAGCCCUCUGGUGUAUGCUUGAGGUUCAUGCACAAAGAAUUGAAGGAGGAGGAAGGGAAAUCCCAUUAUGUGAAUGGAAGCCAGCUAAUAUAAUACUGGAUAUAGGCCACUGUUAGCAAUUUAACAUUACACCUUAAAACUUUAGAAAUUUGUAGUUUUGAAGGAGUGGAGGAUUAUUUAAAUAUAAUAGGAAGGUCAAUUAAAGAUCUAGUUUCUGACACACAGUUUUUGAAAAUAUUUUUCCUAGUUAAGAAUUGAAGCAAUUAUAUUUCACAACUGCGUGUCUUAUAGGCAGUGACUAGUGGCUGGUUUAGAUGUAACAUUCCCAACCUAAUACAGCAUAGUUCAUUAGGCUAGAAAUAAGUUUUGGUCCCACACCUCCCCCCCACUUUUCUGCCCUUAGUGCCAGCUUUGAUCCAAAUCACAAUGUCUGUUAUAACUGAGCUGGGGAGCUAUGGUAUAAAGUUGUUUUGUUUACUGGCCUCUUGAUUAAUAACAUGCAUUAAACCAUAUCUCCCUAUUUUUGGUACAAUGGGAAACUGGUUUAAAGAAAUGGGGACUGAAGAAUUGCUUUUCCAGUGCGUGGAGCAAUUGUUCUAGAUAUGAGAGUUCUUAGGGUUGUUGUAAGAAGGAUUUAAACGCUUCGUUUUCCUACUGCAUGCAGAAUAGUAUCAAUGCCUCUUAGAGCAGUUACGAUAUUUGCAAAAAAAAUUGACAUUUUAAAUGACAGGUUCUGCAAAAAUACUGUUGCUAUGAUUCUGUUAAUACUGUUGCAAUGGUUCUGUUAAUACUGUUGCAGUGGUUCUGUUAAUUUUGAACCAUUCUGAACAUCCCUUGUGAUAAUUAAAAUGAUAUUUGUAAUUAUUUCUGUCGAUAUUCCCACGGAGAUAGCAAAGCACUUUAGAGUUUUUAUUUGUUGUGGUUGAAGAAAAUCUUUCUUUUAUUCCAAAUGCAUAAAGAUAGAUGUUCUGCUUAUCCCAAAGGUAUUGAACUGUUUGACAGUAGCCCUAUAACAGAACUAUGCCACAUUUUGGUUUGGCAUCACUGAAUCCCCUUUGCCUGGUAAAAGGCAGGCGAUCUGCACCAGAAUUUGCUUUGAAGGAUAGUUCAAGAGAAGUACAGUUUUACAAGUAAUUAAGGAAAAUUUAAAAUGCAGAGAUGUGUAUCUUUUUUCCAAAAAACAAACAACUGACCUGUUGUGCAAUAACAAUUUGGUUAUUAAGGAGGAAAAAUGUUGUAAAACAAAUCAAGACUCUUUUUUUGUUUCAAUACUGAACUCAAUUUACACUGCAUUUAUACAGCAUUGUGACUUUUAAUUCCCUUCACAAGAAAGAGGGAAUUUAACAUUAAUGGUUUAUGUCAAUUUUUUGUCAUUUCUGAAGUGAGUUCCUUACUCAAAAUGUUUCCAAGUCUGCUGAACCUCUAGGAGAGGGAUUUUGAAAGCUUCAUUCAGUACAAACCUGACUGAAAAUAGGACAAGUGUAGAACGUAGAAGACCAAGCUGUGGAAACUGCAUUUUCUAAACAUGACCUUCAUUACAAUUUAGAAUGAAAAACUUGAGCAAAUUUAUUUUAUGUCACUUCUCUUGAAUAUCACUGAAGUUUCCAGCCAGAUGAGGAGAAUUGUACCACCUGUGGGAGAAAGUAGGACUGUGUUCAAAUUUGUAUGGCAUGGUUCAGUUUUUUCCAAUGAGGGUUUAGCAGCAUAGAAAAGUUUUCAGCAGACUACCUUUUGUAUAUUUGCUUGUAAAAGAGCCUUUAAGCUCCAGUAUUUUGUCAGGAUUUAUCUUUCAUAACCUGUUGACAUUGGACAUCUGUUUGAGUCAUCUGAUUUCUAUAAUUUGGAGCAUUCUGUUUUAAAAAUAAAAUAUUAACCUUUA